AUGAAAUUUGCCACGUGUAUGACACCUCUUCACUUGUGCCUCCGAAGCCCUCCUGUGUCUGUGAAGGUAGCGUACUCCUCACUCAACCAAGUGGGGCAAGUGAACCGCACUCUGAAAUGUAUUCUUUCGAAAAAAGAUUUUUCUCAUUUUUCUUCCUAUGGUCGGUUGGAGCCUUACAGCACCUGUACCUACCUGAGUUCUUCUUAG